ACCUGUUUUCCCAGUCCGGAAUUCAUCUGCAGAAUAGGCAGGACCUGGCAGGCCUAGACUCUAGUAACUGAGACGAGCUCAAGUAACAUAACUUCUGACUUCCACUGGCCAUCAUCGGGUGAUCGAACUGGAUGAAGUUAGCAUUGUCACGAUUGUAAAAUACGUAAACUGCUAUGGCAGACGACUCGCUCAUUGUACCUGUCCUGCUGGCUAACGGAUCUCUUCACCACCCUAGCGUGUCAUCUGAUGCACUCGCGCAGGACCUUAUCGGAGUACUGACUGCUCAAGAGGAAGUGAUAUCUAGUGUCCUCGGGGAGCUACAUGAUACUGGUUGGGCCCUGCAGCACGUUUGUAGUCAACCGAAUGGUCGUAAGUGGGAAGAGGCGGAACUCGAGGCUCUCGGGGAUGGCAUAAUCGACCCAUCGACUCCCAUCGCUCCUCUACUGAAACAAUCAAACUAUCCAGUGAUAAAUUCAUCUCAGAGGCACUUCUCCACGUUUCCUCUGACGUCCCAUUUGCAUUCCCCAACACUACGCUUGGUUUCGCUACACGCGGCUCUCUCCUUGUCUCUCUCGUUUGCGCGUGUGCCCGAGAUUCAUGACGGGUUUACUUGGACGGUAUAUUAUGCUCGGAGCUCGAUCGUAGAGGAUGUCAUUCGUUUUGUGGUCGAGGACUUGGGUCUUACUAAGAGUUUGCCCAUGGCUGGGGGAGGUAACCUUGAAUAUAUCAUUCAGGAUGGCGCUUCGAGGAUCUCAUCCUCGUCAGUAUUGUCCGACCUCGUCCAGUCAUAUUUGGCAAAUUCCUGCCAAAAACCUACAUUGCAGUUCUGCGUACCAGAGGAAUGGUACCUUCGCCCGCGAGCUCUUUUACCAUUUUCUGUACAGCCUUCCGAGGACACCCUGAAGCGCUUUGAGGACAUACAAGCAGAAUCGGACGAUGCGGAGGGUACUACAAAGCAGAAGAAGUCUACCCUCGAUGCACUGACGGCGAAUACUAGCACCGCUCGAUCAGCCUCUCCAGAUUGGCGUGGUUCAAUUACGAGUCUCUUUGCGUGGCAGCAGCCGGCACCUCCUGCCUCGCCGUCGCCGGCACCUCCUGCCUCGCCGUCGCCGUCGUUGUCAAAGAAGCGCAUGAGCGUGAGCGAUCCAGUCUUUGUCGAGCAACGGACUGGCGGAAGCAUCAUGUCGGUAACGCAAUCGAGUAUUCUAGAAGAUGAGAUAUUAGAGAUCGAUCAAGCCGAGUUCGAACGUUGCCUCGACCACAUGGGAUUGAAAGGAGAUGCAAGGGACAAGAUGUAUAUAUUACCAGCUGCUAAGAAACGUCAAAUUAUUGACCAAGCACGGGCUUUCCAUUCGACUCUCGACGGAAGGACUCCUCGACCAUCUCAGUCUACACAGUCCACAUUGGCAGUUUCUGGCGGGGGAGCUUACCUUCCUCGUCUUGUUCCACAGCUAACAGGCGACUCAGGAAUACUGAAGCGUUUAUCAAUGGUGACUUGGAGUACAAGCGCCGCUGUGCCACCGGUUAUGACCCCCGCUCUCAAUCGAUCUAGUGGCGAAUUUGACAAAGUCGCGGAGACGACGCAACCCCUGCCAGCACAGACUACUGGCAGUAUGUUUGGUAACUGGUGGGCGUCUUCAGGUGGAGAGAAGAAUGCCGAAGCAGAGAGUACGAUAUCUGCAAAGCGAUAUGUUGACGGCUUGCGCAGCAUGAAGACGGAUGCUAGGGUUGUCAAGCAUCUGAUUUCCCUCCGAGUACAUCUGUCUACUGCAAAGUUACCGUGGAUCGAGGAAUUUAUCACGGAAGAUGGCAUGAACGCAAUAGGUAGCGCGCUUGCGGCACUCGUUGGUAAGGGCGGGAAGAGGACAGUUCUUGCGGACAUAGAAAGCACAGUACUGCUAGAGAUCAUCAAAUGCCUCAGGGUACUCCUCAACACUCAGGCUGGAUUUGACAGCGUUUUGUCGUCUCCCACAAUCAUUACUCAUAUAGCGUAUUCUUUCUACGGUGCCUCUCUGAAGACACGCAUGCUUGCUGCCGAACUUCUCGCCGCAAUAUGCGUACUCUCGCCCAAUCAGGGUCACAAGGCCGUCAUAGCUGCAUCAUCAGAAUAUCGCAUCGCCUAUGAUGAACAGUACCGCUUCGAGUUUCUGGUUGCUGCUUUGGGUAUAUCAGACCAGAGUAACGACACUGCAGCCAACAAUACAUCCUCACAUGAUGAAGAUGGUAUAUGGGAGGCACGAACUGCUUUCAUGGCCCUCGUAAAUGCCCUCACUAACUGUCCUGAAUCCCUGGAAGACCGCAUCUUAUUGCGCGAAGAGUUCGGACGGCGUGGCUUAAAUGAAGUCAUAGUGACUCUCCGCUAUACAAAACCGCCAGACUCUCUACUGACCCAACUGGAUCUUUAUACGGAGGAGAAGUACGAGGAUGAAGAGGAUCUACGAGAGCGAACACGAAACGCCGUGCGAGGCGGUCAGGGCGCGAACAACGUGGGGCUCGGGUCUAUAUCAAUGAGUAUUUUGCACCACUUAUCUUCUAUCAUGAAGAGUGAUGCUGAAUUGAACGUCAAAGUUGAUCAACUAGCUAUAGUGGAUACAUUUUUGGAUCAGAUUUUUACUGCAGAUGAUAUUGACUUGGGCUGGAUCCCUCUGAUUACGAGGUUUCUGGAUGCAAUCCGGCCCAUUAUUGGCCAGGAUAUAAUUAUAGAUGCCGUCGAUAGUGGGACGAAGCGCGAGCUGGAAAACCUUCGUGUCCAAAUAGAUGAUCUGAUCCAGACGAACUCGGCACUCAAGACAAGGCUUGAACAACGCACAGGAUCAAAUCAGCAGAAGCCGAAUACUUCUAGCAAAGGGGGAAAUGAGAACAAACUUGUUCAACGGCUGAUGCAGAAGGAGAAGGAAGCUACCCAACUACAGGCGGAACUUGAGCGCUUGAACUCUCAAAUUUCGAAUAACGCGCGCGAUGUUGAGGACCAAGCAAGGAAAGAGCGCGAAAGGGCAAGGCUUCACUCGCUCCAUGAAGAAAUGAAUAAAUUGCAGCUUCAGCUGAGUAAAAUGAGUGAUGCUCUUUCCACCAAAGACAAGGAGGUUGUGUACCUCAAACGAGCUCUUGAAUCAGUCUACUCACGUUUUCAAACGAGGCAAGAGGAAAGAGCUUCCGACAUGGACGCCCAACUCAUUGCGACCCGCACCAUUGAGAAUCUUGCCAAGCGAGACAACGAACUAAUAGCACUGAAGACAGAGGUUUCAAAUCUCAGGCAGCUAUUGGCUGCGACCUCGACAUCUAUGUCAGAAAUCGAGUUCAAGUCAAGGAAUGCGCCCCCUCCACCUCCGCCACAAGGUUUCAAAUCUAGAGCGAUUUUUGUGCGAACGCCCGAAGAAAUAGAUGUAAGCACAACAUUGAACGCGACCGGCGUUCCUCCACCCCCUCCACCUCCACCACCUCUUUCUCCGUGGGCUGUUCCAAAUCGGAAAGAGCCCCUCACCAUUGAGUCGAAGGACAUCAGUCAGAUGACCUUUCAUUCUCCCCCUCCUCCCCCUCCCCCUCCUCCUCCUCCGCCACCACCACUCCUAUCAUUCCCUUCUUCAGGUUCCGCAAUUUCGUCACCUCCACCUCCACCACCUCCACCCCCGCUGCCUCCUCCGCUCAACGCUUCAUCAUUCCAGUUUCCACCAAGACCCCCAGGAGUUCCACCUCCGCCCCCACCGAGUGGAUCUGCAAUCAGGAUAGGAAAUAAAGCAAAACCCACUGGGCCAAGACUGAAGCCCUUCUUCUGGACCAAAAUCAAUGAUCAGAAUUGCAGCGCCACAGUAUGGGAGGAACCGUCAAACUCACUGGAUUUCAAGCUAGAUGAUCUUGAAGCAACGUUCACAAUUGAUAAUACACCAACCUCGCAUUCCAAAGCCGCAAAUCCCACUCGAAAACAAAGUGUUACAACUCUUCUUGAUAUUACUCGCGCUAAUAACAUCGCUAUCAUGCUUUCGCGGUUUAAAAUGACCUCUUUUGAAAUCAGCCAAGCUCUGCUGAGACUCAAUGACAAACUGUCUAUCGAUGACUUGAAAGCCAUCAGCAAGCAGCUACCAUCUCCGGAAGAGGUUGCUCGUAUGAAAGAUUUUCAAGAUGUGAGCAAGCUAGCGAAGGCCGAUCAAUAUUUAAGUGCCAUUAUGACGAUUCCAAGACUCCCGCAGCGGCUGGAGUGCAUGAUAUAUCGCCAAAAGCUGGAACUCGAGAUCGAGGAAAUCCGUCCGGAUCUAAAAACCGUUCAUGAUGCGUGUAAAGAAUUACGAGCAUCUGUGCGUUUCAAGCUGACAUUACGGGCAAUACUCGCAGUUGGGAACGCAUUGAAUGGGUCUAGCUUUCGUGGAGGUGCCUGUGGGUUUCGCCUGGAGGCGCUCGUAAAGAUGAAGGAAACGAGGACUGCGAAAGGCACCUCGGAAUGCCCUACUCUCUUGCAUUAUGUUGCACGAGUCCUCAUUCGCACUGAUCCGUCGCUUACACUUUUUAUCGAUGAGAUGCCUAGUGUGGAAUCUGCUGCUCGCAUCUCCUUCCCCACGUUACAACAGAACGUCCAAUCUUUACUUACGUCGCUCGACAAGGUUAAAGAAGAAAUAAGUCUGCUAAAGCAGAUUCGCACACCCUCCGAUAAUGACCAAUUCGUGACAAUCAUGCAGCCAUUUACGCUUGAAGUAGCACAACGCGUCGACGCGCUCAAUAACAUGGCUGUGCUCGUCGAAACAGACCUACGAGCUCUGUUCUCUUACUAUGGCGAAGACCUGAAUUCACCAGAAGGACCGAAGCCAGAUGACUUCUUUGGGAUGAUCUGUUCAUUUUCAUCAUCAUUACAGAAAGCCGCUUUGGAAAUUCACGAUAGACAGAAGAAGGUCCCCGCCUUGGCUCAGGGGAAGGUGUCGCAAAGUAGCUCCGAAGAGGCACGACAUGAUCCCUCACACGACUUACCCAUACCCUCUACCGAGCAUUCGGCAUCUAUUGGACGCGGUAACCUGGAAGAAGCGAUGCGCAGUUUGAGAGAAGGUCGUAAGAGAUGUAGACCUCCUCGUUCCAUCACGGGUGCGAACAAGAUAUUUCUUGAUGGACGACCCGAGCUCUCGUAAUAGUUGGCUUGGCGCUUUAAUUCAAUUUACGCGCCACUGGGAUUGGAUUGAUGAUGAUAUGUACAGGGAAUAUAUCAUUUAAUUGAGCUACUUCUACCCAUAUAUACUAGAUACACGAGGUGUAGAAUGAUUAAUUCACAAAUAAGGAUCUUGAUCGAUGUGAUGGUUCGCUGUCAACCGCUCUGGCUUCCUUCAUCAGCAGCCGUGGGAUGGAGUGCUGAGAUCAAGCUGCAUUU